AUGAGCAUAUUUUUCAAGUCGCCAAUUGAUAUCGAGAUUUUGUUCGAUAAUGAGGAAUCUCGCAAACAUGUAGAUAUCGCAUCAAGGUCAAGCAGUUCCAGUUACAAAUCCAUGAAAGAGAGCUUGCCCGUUUAUGAAGAUGGCGAAUCCUUGGGCGGGAUUGUCACCUUGAGAGUUCGGGAUGGCAAAAAGGUAGAUCACUUAGGUAUAAAAGUGUCCGUCAUUGGAUCUAUUGACAUGAUAAAAUCGCACGGUAGUGGUAAUUCUUCCUCGAAGAAAUCUACAUCUUCCACCUCAUCCUCCACCUCUAAUAAUGGCUCAUCAGAUAUACGGAAGAAUUCCGUUGACCAGUUUUUGUGCCAGAGCUAUGACCUUUGUCCCGCUGGUGAGUUACAGCAUUCUCAAAGCUUUCCCUUCUUGUUUAGGGAUUUAAGCAAAAGAUACGAAUCUUAUAAAGGCAAGAAUGUGGAUGUAGCAUAUUUUGUCAAAGUUACCGUGAUGAGAAAGUCUACUGACAUUUCUAAAAUAAAAAAAUUGUGGGUCUACCUUUAUAAUAGUAUAGCCACGGCACCAAAUGCCCUCUCUACAAAUGAGCCACAAGCAAACUUCAACAGCGCUAGUGCCGAUGGUGAAGACGGGGCUAGUAAGAAGAACGACGCAACGCCGAAAAAGGAUGGCCCAGUUGAAGCCGCAGAUGAUAAUCAAGUCUUGCCGGCACCACAUUCCACCAAUGAACCCAAACCAGUUAAAUUAGACAUCGGUAUAGAAAACUGCCUUCAUAUUGAAUUCGAAUAUGCCAAAUCACAGUAUAGCUUGAAGGAAGUCAUUGUAGGACGUAUAUAUUUUCUUUUAACGAGACUAAGGAUAAAGCACAUGGAAUUGAGCUUGAUCACAAGAGAGUCCUCUGGCUUACAAACCUCUAAUGUGUUGACAGAUUCAACGGCCAUCCGGUAUGAAAUCAUGGAUGGGUCUCCGGUGAAAGGUGAGACCAUUCCUAUCAGAUUGUUUUUGAGCGGGUAUGACUUAACGCCCAAUGUGAGCUGUAAUUACUUUAACGUCAAGAACUAUUUGAGCCUGGUCAUCAUCGAUGAAGACGGAAGAAGAUAUUUCAAGCAAUCAGAAAUUACAUUGUACCGUACCCGAUGA